AUGGCCGCCUGCCGUCUGACUCUGCACCAUAAUCGGUAUGAAUCCAAGACUCUGAAGCAGUACAAAAACUUUCAGAUUGAAGUGAAGGAAAAGUCAUACUGUUUGCUGGGCUCAGACCGCACUUUUGAGACCCUUAAACAACUCAUGGAGCACUUAAAGGGCCAGGUGUUGAGAACGGAUGAUGUCAGCUUUAGUCUAAAGAGAUGCUGUCUUCCCAAGCCCAGAGAAAUUUCAAAUCUCCUAAUUGACAAGAAGGCCCUGGACUGGCAACCCGUCUACCAUAUCAGCCAGCUGAGUUUCCAUAGAAUACUGGAAGGAGGAGAUUAUACAAAUGGAGCACAUGGGCCGAGGACCAGAACCCAGAUCUAUGAGGGAAGACUCGACUACAAGGACGACAAUGACAGUGAAAUUAGCACUUCAGAGAAGGAGAUUAAAGUCAUUCUGAAAGUGUUGGACCCCAGCCACAGGGAUAUUUCACUGGCAUUUUUUGAGACAGCCAGUAUGAUGAGGCAAGUGUCACACAAGCAUAUUGUACUGCUCCAUGGCGUAUGUGUGCGGGAUGUAGAAAACAUCAUGGUGGAAGAAUACGUGGACUUUGGUCCUCUGGAUCUUUUUAUGCAUCGCAGGAGCGACUGUCUCACAACGCCAUGGAAGUUUCAGGUGGCCAAACAGCUGGCGAGCGCGCUGAGCUACUUGGAAGAUAAGGACUUGGUACACGGGAAUGUCUGCACAAAGAACAUUCUGCUGGCCAGAGAAGGGAUAGAUAAUGACUGCGGCCCCUUCAUCAAGCUCAGUGACCCUGGGAUUCCUAUAACUGUGCUCACCCGCCAAGAGCGCGUGGAAAGGAUCCCCUGGAUUGCUCCAGAGUGUGUGGAAGAUUCUCGAGUCUUGGGUGUAGCUGCUGACAAAUGGAGCUUUGGAACCACCUUGUGGGAGAUCUGCUUCAAUGGAGAGGUUCCCCUGAAGGACAAGACCCUGGCAGAGAAAGAAAGGUUUUACGAAGGAUGCUUCAUGCUGACCAAACCGUCUUGUGAAGAGUUGGCCAACUUGAUCAUUAACUGCAUGAACUACGUCUCCAACAGACGGCCGUUCUUCAGAGCCAUAAUGAGAGAGAUCAAUCAGCUGGAGGAGCAGAAUCCAGACAUUGUUACAGAAACAUCAGUUUCUACAGAAGUGGAUCCAAGUUUGUUCGAGAAGAGGUUCCUGAAGAGAGUUCGGGACUUGGGAGAGGGUCACUUCGGCAAAGUGGAGCUGUGCAGAUAUGACCCGGAAGGUGACAACACCGGGGAGUUGGUGGCGGUCAAGUCGUUGAAGCCUGGAACCGGAGGGACUCAUAUAGCCGACCUGAAUAAAGAAAUCCAAAUUCUGCGCAAUCUUUACCACGACAAUAUUGUGAAGUACAAGGGGAUCUGUGCCGAGGAUGGAGGCAGCGGCAUUAAACUCAUCAUGGAGUAUCUGCCAUCGGGGAGUCUCAAGGAAUAUUUACCGAGGAACAUUAGCAAGAUAAAUCUCAAGCAGCAGCUGCAGUACGCCGUUCAGAUUGCCCAGGGAAUGGAUUACCUGGGAUCACGUCAGUACGUCCAUCGAGAUCUCGCUGCCAGAAAUGUCCUGGUAGAAAAUGAGCACCGGGUGAAAAUAGGCGACUUCGGUUUAACCAAAGCCAUUGAGACGGACAAGGAGUAUUACACGGUGAAAGAUGACCUGGACAGUCCAGUGUUCUGGUAUGCUCCAGAGUGUUUGCUGCACUGUAAAUUCUACAUUGCCUCGGACGUCUGGUCAUUUGGAGUGACGUUAUACGAAAUUCUGACCUACUGCAACUCGGAUCACAGCCCAAUGGCGAUGUUCCUAAAAAUGAUCGGACCCACACAAGGUCAGAUGACUGUGACCCGACUUGUGCGCGUGUUGGAGGAAGGAAAGCGUCUGCCCAACCCUACAAACUGCCCCAACGAGGUCUAUCUGCUGCUGUUGAAAUGUUGGGACCAGAACCCUUCAAGCAGAGCGACCUUCCAGGAACUGAUCCGCGGAUUUACAGAUCUUGCCAGUAAAAUGUAACCACACGGUAGAGGAAAUCUGCAACAAAAAAAAAAACUAAAAAGGACAGAACUCUUCUUCUGCUGCUUCCAGAUACUUAGAAGAUGUUCCACAUCUGCCAGGGCACUGGUCUUCCUGAGUGCAACUGGACCACAGUGCAAAGAUUGGGGAGGAUCUUCAAUGGGGGAGGGGGAAGGAGACUGAACGCUGUUCUUCCUUGCUGUAAUAACAUGACUGAAGGAACGGGGAUCAGUGAGAGGACAUUACUGCCUGCACCCCUCCCCCCCGGAUCUGGUUCAUAGCCAAAAAAGCAUUCUGGGAAGACUUGUAUCUUACUGUGGAUUUCUUAAAACAGACUAAAAAAAAAUAUGCAGUUUACAGCAAGUAAUUUUGCAUAAUAAACUGUUUGAAGCACUUAAGAGGGAAAUUUUGAAAGUUUUAAGGAUCAAGUCCAGCGCCAUCCAAUGUAUACAAUUGUACAGUCAGUCAGAUGUUUUUACUUUCCCAGGAGGAUUCCGAGUGUUACAUUUAUGUCUUUGUAGCUUUUACCUUCCCCCUUUUAUCUCCUGGUGCUUUUUAAUGAUUAUUUUUCAAAUGUACAGACGGUUAAGAUGUUUAAACUGCAGCUUUCUUUGGCUUUCAGUUAAAGUGGAGUUUCCAUCCCAAAUUUUAUUUUUUCAUUAUUGUGCUAAAAAAAAAA